UCGGGGUUGUGCGGGCCCGGGCUGCCGCGGGUUAUGGAAGGUGGCGUCCUGGGUGGCGGGCCCCGGGAGGGGCCCGCGGAUGAGCCCGAGCUCCAGGGAGCGGCGUGGAGCGGCGACAGCGGCAACGUGUCUCAGAGCCACAGCAGCGCCUCGGUGCCGUGGGAGGACGAGGGCCCUGAGGACGGCGCGCCCGGCCGCGACCUGCUCCUGCUACGCCGCGCGGCCGCGGGCUACGCCGCCUGCCUGCUGCCGGGAGCGGGCGCCGAGGGCCGGCCCGAGGUGGAGGCCUUGGACUCGAGUCUGGAGGACCUGCUCACCAAGGUGGACGAAUUCGUGAGCAUGUUGGAUAUGAUUCGCGGCGACUCCUCCCACGUCGUCAGCGAGGGUGUGCCCCGCAUUUAUGCGAAAGCCACCGAGAUGAGGCAGAUUUACAGCAAGAUCGACAAACUGGAGGCCUUCGUGAGGAUGAUCGCGGGCAGCGUGGCGCGGAUGGAGGAGCAAGUCGCAAAGGCAGAAGCCGAACUGGGGACUUUCCCCCACACGUUUAAAAAAUUCUUGCAGGCAAUUAGCGUGCCCUCCUUCUUUAACAAGUCGUCUUCCACGAGGCAGCAGCAGACCGCGUAUGAGCCGCCCAUCCUUUUUCGGACUGAAGACCACUUCCCUUGUUGCAGUGAAAGACCUCAGAUCUGAGUCCGCGAGACGACUGACUACUUUAAGAGAACAUUGAGAUUCUUAUCUUGAGAGCCUAAUAAUAUACGCGGAUGGUUUGGGCGUGUGGACAUUUUUACCUUGUUUCGUGCAGACUUUCAGUGUUCUCACGAUUACACGUAGAAUGUUUGAUUUUUCUGUUUUCCAUUCCUAUUCUAAAAGCUGCUUGGUGGGAGAUUGGAGAAGCAAAAUGAGUGAAAUUACGUGUGAACUCUGGCAGAACUGUUAUUUUUUGGAUAUUACAACUCGAUUAACAGUAUUGUCUUUUCGAAAUAUUUGUAUAUUUAUGUAAUCUUUAAACUACUGAACUUUGUUAUUAGUCAGUGAUAACAGUUUUCUAUAGCUUGCUUAUAGGAAGAUGGUAAAUUUUUCAAAAUCACAUUAAACUUUCCAUAUCAUGGAUUGUAAGCUGGAGGAAAUGAUACAAUUUUUGAGAAAAUAUGUUGAUUUAUUGCAACUGAUUCUGAAUUUUGAAAGUGUAACCUCACAGUGGUAGUUUGUAUAUAGCAAACAUGUCUUUCUGUGGUUUUAUUAAUAUUUAUAACUUAGAUAGUAAUAAAAAUUUUAAAUUUUAUUGGAAAAGCAUUCCUUCAGAAAAGGACUUUAUAUUAAAUUUCCUUUUUGUUUGAAAAUAGAUAGGUUGCUCAUGAUUUUAAAAUGGAGACAAAGAAAAGUGGUUUGAGAAGCACCUCCUUUAAAAGGCUAAUAGGACCAACAAACUUUAGUUACUGUCUUGCAACAUCUUCUUUUCCCUCAAAAUGUGUAAAAUCAUUUGCAUGAAUGCCUGGUAUUAGUAUUUUGUUCUUUAACCCUGACAACACGGAAGACUUAAACCUCCCUUUGAGAUGCCUUUCAAAAUCUGGCUUUGAUUUUGAUCUUAAUCUGUUUUAGAAGGUGGCUUCCUAAAUAGCAGACUCUAAUGAUGUAUAUACUUUAGGUUGUUUUUGUGUGUCAUCAUAGAUCUUGAGGUUGAUGGAAGAAUAGACAUAUUCUCCUUU